AGUGCUUAUAGAAAACGGUUGAAGAUGGGAGGUGCAGUGAGUGCAGGAGAAGAUAAUGAUGAAUUAAUUGAUAACCUGAAGGAGGCACAAUACAUCCGGACAGAACUGGUAGAACAGGCGUUCCGAGCCAUCGAUCGAGCAGAUUACUACUUGGAAGAGUUCAAAGACAAUGCCUACAAGGACUUGGCGUGGAAGCAUGGAAAUAUUCAUCUCUCAGCACCGUGCAUUUACUCUGAGGUGAUGGAAGCUUUGGACCUGCAACCAGGGCUGUCAUUUUUGAAUCUUGGCAGUGGCACUGGUUAUUUGAGUUCUAUGGUUGGACUCAUCUUGGGUCCUUUUGGUGUUAACCAUGGUGUGGAGCUUCAUUCUGAUGUGAUCGAAUAUGCAAAGCAGAAAUUGGACUUCUUCAUUAAAACAAGUGACAGCUUUGACAAAUUUGAAUUUUGUGAGCCAUCUUUUGUUACUGGCAAUUGUUUAGAGAUUUCUCCAGACUGUACUCAGUACGACCGUGUUUACUGUGGUGCCGGAGUACAGAAGGAACAUGAAGACUACAUGAAGAACCUGUUGAAAGUUGGGGGAAUUCUGGUCAUGCCUCUAGAAGAGAAGUUGACUAAGAUAACUCGUACUGGUCCUUCUGCCUGGGAGACCAAGAAGAUUCUUGCUGUUUCUUUCGCUCCUUUGAUUCAGCCUAACCACGCGGAUUCAGGAAAAUCAAGGCUUGUUCACUUGCCCCCAGUGGCUGUUCGCAGCCUCCAGGAUUUGGCUCGCAUAGCCAUCCGAGGAACCAUUAAAAAAAUUAUACAUCAAGAAACAAUGAGUAAAAAUGGAAACGGGCUGAAGAACCCCCCAAGAUUUAAACGAAGACGUGUGCGUCGCCGUCGCAUGGAAACUAUUGUUUUCUUGGACAAAGAGGUCUUCGCUAGCCGUAUCUCCAACCCAUCAGAUGAUAACAACAACAGUGAGGAUAUUGAGGAUGAGAGAAGAGAAGAGGAAGAAACUAAACCCUCUGAACUAAAGCCAGAUCCCCCUGUAAACUUUUUGAGAGAAAAGGUCUUGAGUCUGCCUUUGCCUGAUCCCUUGAAAUAUUACCUGCUUUAUUACAGGGAAAAGUAA